GCAGAGGCCGGGGUGGCGGCAGAUGGCGGCGUGGUGGGCGGCCGCGACCCGGAGCCGCAGCCUCACGGCCGCUGCAGUAGCAGCCCUGUCGGAGCAAGCCAGUGGGGAUGGUUACCAUGGCCACAUACUUCCUGACCUCAGCAUCAGCGGGCUGGACACUGGAGGGAUUCUGGGAGCUCUUCAUGGUUAUGCCGAUCAGACAAUCAUCUCCAUCAUUGAAGACUCGUCACCAGCAGAGAGUAAGUCUUCGCUGGACGAGGAGAGUGAAGCGACGUUACUGACGGCCCUGACCGAGAUACUGGACACGGUCGAUGAUGAGAAUCCCUCACCCUUUGACACGCUCCCUGACACCCAGUUAUUCUCCUCGCAGAAGGAUACGACCGACAGUCUGCUGGGGGUCGGGAGACACUCGUGGGCCUCGUUCCCAGAUGCAGCCAAGGAUCUCUUCACCUGCCUGGACCCGGCCGUUCCCCGGGGACUGUCCAGGUGUUCGGAGAGGACCAUCAGAAGCAGCUUUGGGCAGGAGAGUUCACCGCAUGAUGCCGGCGAUGCGGAGGGCAGCCUUGACGCCAGCCAGCCGGCCGGUGCCAGCCUGGGUCCACAGCCGGACGACAUGGACGCCAGCAUGGAGCUGGAGGCAGAGCUAGACGGAGUGGGGCUGGAGGACGACGCAGGGCUGAUGUUUGACCAGAGCUCGCUGUGUGUGAUCAAUGUCGGGAACGUCUCGCUUCCAGAGCUGGUCCGGUACGUGCACCCGUACUGCCUGCCCGCCGAGCACCACACCAUCCAGCUGGACGUCCAGAUCGUGCAGGAGGACGAGGAGCUGGAAACGGGCCGAGCGGCCCUCCUGUGUGAGGGCCAGGAGGUUGACGCAGUGCCCCUGGUGGCUGGAGGACUGGCCCCAGAGACUCUGCCUGGACUUCAUGGAGUUGGGACUGCGGUGGAGACGGGAUCUGGCACACCCUCGGGCCCGAGCAUCGUGCCUGCGGCCCCCCAGCAGGGAGAUGCCCCGGCGAGGAGGAGGAGGGGGCGGCCGAGGAAGGUGGCCGGUCUAGCGAGAGCCGGGGAGACGCGGGGCCCAGCCACUGCCCCGCUGACCCGGUCAGCACGCCGGGCACAGCUCCUGGUCACUGCGGGGGAGGGUCCUGCACAUGGCCGCCCGCAGACCGAACCACCCCCUCACACAGCACAGGGAGGGCCAAGCAGGGGCCGGACCCUGAGCCGGGGAAGGGGCAGACGGGGGGUGACGAGCAGGAGACCCCCAGGGGCCGGAACCCCUCCCCAGAGCGGGUCUGGAGCGGGUGACCCCAGCCCCUGCAAGGGGGCAGUGGUCGUAGCCGAGCCUCUGCCUGCCCAAGAGGUCCAACCCGCCUCCCCUGCCUUACAGCCCGCUCCCACAUCAGACCCCCUUCCCACAGACCCCUCCCCAGCCCUACAACCCCCUCCCACCUCAGACCCCCUGGCCUCCGCUGAGGCCCCACAGGAGCUGUCCCCAUCCCUGGAGGAGGCAGAGCGUUCAGCAGUCACACCGACCCCCAGCCUGGACCCCCCUCCCGGGGUCGCCACACCAGCAUUGUCUCCGGCCGCUCCCGUUGCCGCACCUGGGCCGAUCGCCCAACCACCCGCAGCACCACCCAGCGGAGAGCACCGGCAACGUCCCAUCAGCUUGCAACAGUACCGGCAGCGGCUGCAGCAGAGGCAGCAAGGGGAGGAUUCCCCCGCCUCCCGGGUCCCCCGGCCCGGCUCGCGUCCCCCCGCCCAUGCCUGGCCCGUUGUGCCGAUCCACUCCAUCGUCCAGGGCGAGCUCAGCGUCCUGCCGCUGGACAAUGUGGUGGCUGGAGACCAGUCAGUCCCACCGGCCUCACGCCAGGGCUCCGGCCCAGCGCUGGCCUGGGGCCAGACCCCCACACUGACUACACCAGCGACACGCCACAUCCGCCCCACCCAUCCCCAUUGCCAGCCCCCUGCUGUCACCUGUCCCCAUCCUGCCCCCACCACAGUUGUACUGCCCACCCACACCUUGCCUCCAUCUCCACCUCACACCCCAGUCCACUCCAGUCGAGUCAUGGCGACUUCUCUGGAACUUUCCCCAGCCCUCACCCACCCCGCUCCCGCACUCCCUUUCACCCACCCCACUCUCCCCCACCCCGCACUCCCCCAUCCCCCUCUCCCCCACCCCGCUCUCUCCCACCCCACUCUACCACCCCCUCUCCUCCACCCCACCCUCCCUCUUCCCCACCCUGCCCCUGCUCUUUGCCACCUUGCUACCUCCACACCGCUCCCCUACUCCACCCCAACUCACCCCCUUCCCAACCCAGUCCCUGCCCUGCCCCUCCCCCGCCCCCGCCCUGCCCCCACCCUCUCCUACCCAACCACUGCUCUGCCCCGUCCCCACCCACCCCAUACCCCUGGGUGCCUUGGUCACCCGCUCGCUGCCCGCAGCCCCCCUGUGGGAACCUCCCCUCGGCCCCUGGGCCCAGCGGUGCCGGCCCCUCCCUCAAGGGUGCUGCCCCCCCCUGCUCUGGGGGGCAGACGGAGCCUCCUGACCCAGGCUGACCCCAUCCCGGCUCCCAGAGGGCCUGCCCCGAGCCUCGGCCCAAAGGCCCAGCCACCCCGGCCCACAGCAUCGCAGCAGCGGUGCAGCAGGGCUGCUGCAAGGGAGUCCGGCCGGAGCAGAGCUGCAGCCGUGCAGAAGAUCGCAGCCAUGAGCGGCGUUGAAGGUAUAGAGGCUGCAGACCUGAUGAGUCUGCUGGAACAGUUUGAAGUGACUGAGGUGAGAAAGGAGCCGUCCGUAUUGAGCACUGGGACGGAGCCGGCGGCCGGGCGAAGAUUCGCUGAUCAGGUGUUUGGGGCAGAACUGGCGAGCACAGCCGGUCUGACCCCUCCGGCCACUCCCCCUCACCAGUACUGGAUAUCGCCAUCGCUGGCCGUCACCGCCGGAGACGCUCACCCCGGGGGAAGCGCUGAGAUCGCCCCGGCCUCUCCUCCACCGCUCGGAUGGCUGCUCCAACCGGCCAAGUGUGUGGGACCACCCACCCCGCCCUCUGACCCCAGGAGCUCACCCACCUUGCCCUCUGACCCCAGAACCAAGCCCAUCCUAACUUCUGACUCUAGAAACAAGCCUAACCUGCCCUCUGACGCCAGGAUCAUGCCCUCCUACCCCAAGCCCUCACCCACUUUGCCCUGUGAUCCCAUUGCUUCACUCACCUUGCCCUCUGACCCCAGGACCUCACCCAUCCCAUCCCCUGACCCCAGGACCUCGUCCAGCAUGCCCUAUGACCCCAGAACUCCGCCCUCUGACCUCAGGUUUCCGCCUUCUGACCCCAGGCUCGUUCCCACACCCGCCCCUUGCUUUGACCACGAGUACUGCUUGCCAUGCAGUGUCCGCAAGACCCUGCCCCCCUCCUCCCUUCCCCCAACAUCCCUGCCUCCCUCUGCCCUGCCCGACUUGGGCUGCCGCUGGAAUGUGAGGCGGCAGCAUGGCAUCACUAUUAAGCCCAUCACCCUGCUGAGCCGCCGAGCCACCGAGGCCUCCGACCGGGCCAUGACUGCGGAGGCACCCUCUCCACGAGGGCCGGCCUCGGGACCGGCGGCCAGAGUGGAUACCACCCCCUGCUCGCGCCUGGACGCUAGCCCCUUUCCACCCGGCAGUGCCCAGCACGGACAGAAAACCUCUCUGGAAUCCCCGCGGCACUCCCCGCAGACCCACGUCUCCCCCUGCUACAGCCGGGAUUGCUCCACGUCCUCCAGCUCGGGCUCCUCGUCACGCUCGCGGUCACGGUCACCAGCACAGAAGAGGAGACGAUACUGCAGGAGACGAUCACGACAUUCCCGGCACAGCUCCAGGUCCGAUUCCCGGUCGAGUUCCCGAUCCCGCUCGUACUCCCGAUCCAGCUCCUGGUCCACAUCUGCAUCCAGGUCGAGGUCCAGGUCUCCACAGAGUUGCAGUGUCCGCAUGAGUUACUUCGAGCAGCUGGAGCCGUUCGAGGAGCCCAGGCACCGGUACCGGACGUCGCGGCACCAGGCGGUGGAGCACAAGAUCAGCCGCAGCCGGGAGCUCGCCAUCGAGGAGCGACGGGUGGUGUACGUGGGGAAGAUCCGUAACGGCAUGAAACGCGAGGAGCUGCGGCGAAGAUUCGAGGUGUUUGGAGAAAUCGAGGAUUGCAACAUUUACUUCAGAACGCAGGGGGACAACUACGGAUUUGUCACGUUCCGCUACACCUGCGACGCCUUUGCGGCCAUAGAGAACGGGCAGACGGUGCGACGGCCCGACGAGAUGCCCUUCGACCUCUGCUUCGGUGGCCGGCGGCAAUUCUGUAAAACCAAUUAUGCCGACUUAGACUCUAAUCACAGUGAAGUCGGUCCCUAUUCUAGCAAAAGCAAGUUCGAAUCUUUAGACUUCGACACUUUACUGAAGCAGGCGAAGCGGAGCGUGCGGAGGUGACAGGAGUUCCCGCGGUGGGAGAGGAGGAGUGGAGGGGUGGGUGGUCUGUGACUGCCCGCCUCUCUGUGUCAUGCUGCUACUGAAGAGAAUGCCAUUGAUGGACUCUGCGUUGCUCUGCUCUGUCGCCCUGAUAGUGACUCGCCUCCGGGAGCGGGACAGUGAGCACGGAGUGAGAGAGAAGAAACCCACUUUUAAAUAAAAUAAAAUAAAAUACCACACG